AUGAGCUACGAUACAGGAUUCGGUGCUUCAUCAUUUGGAAAGCCACCACCAUCAUCAUUUGGUGCUCCACCACCAGGAGGUCAAGGACAAGUGGAUUCAGAAAUGAAAUCAUUCUUAGAAAUGGAAUCACAGAAGGCACAACUUCAACAACAAAUACACAAACUAAAUGACGUCUGUUGGGAUCUAUGUGUCGACAAACCGAGAGAAAAAAUGGACGGACGUACAGAAACAUGUUUAUGUAAUUGUGUGGAUAGAUUCGUAGACACUUUAUUAUUAGUUGCAGGACGAUUUCAGAAUUUGAUAAAUAAACAUCAAUGA